AUGCCAUCACCUGAGAUACUUCCUUUGGACGAACUUUCUGACUCUGAACUACUAGAAGAUUUUAUACCACAACAGCGUGUAACGAUAAAUAACAAAUCAGCAUUAAAAAAAAUUUGCAAUGAAAUAAAAAUCGAUGUACCAUGGAUUGAAACUCAAGUUAUUACAUCUUCAGAGCCUGCGUCAAUUAAAGAUAUCAAUAACGACAUUGAGCGUGAAUUAGCAUUGUUUGUACAAUUGGAUCCUUUUGUCACCCUUGAAGGUGCAAUUGAGGGACGCAAAAAUGUCUUGGCAUCUGGUGUACCAUUCUCAAGGCCGGAUGACUAUUUCGCUGAAAUGGUUAAAUCAGAUGUGCACAUGUCUAGAAUACGACAAAAAUUGGUAGACGAAGAACAAAGUAUUAAGGCCAGUGAAGAAGCAAGGCGUCAAAGAGAGUUAAAAAAAUUUGAACGAAAGGGUAUUGAAGAUACUGCCAUAGAUGAUGAUUUUGACAUUGCUCUAGAGCAGGCUGCGGCUGAUGAUAGACCAAAGAAGAGACAAAAUACUGGGAAGAAUACAAAACGUAUUAGUAAGAAUGCAAGGUAUGGGUUUGGCGGGAAAAAACGCCACUCUAAAUCCAAUACUGCAACCUCUUCCGCGGAUAUAUCUCAAUUUGAUUCGAAGAAAAGUAAAGGGUUUGGUCGGAGGGCAUCAACAGCAAAUCAAAAAAGAAAAUCUACGAAGAAAAGACCAGGAAAAGCUAGACGUAAAUCAACGAGAAAUAAAAAGUAA